AUGGCGAUGCAUUACUCGCAGCAGCCCUACUAUCUGUACGGCCAUCCUCAGUGGCCCGACGACGUCAAGCCGGCUCUCACUGAAGACGACUCCUCGGUCCUUGACGACAGAGUGCUGGACUCCUCCACCCCCGCCGACCUGGCAGCGGCCGAUUCCUCUGACAGUCGACGUCCUUCAAUGACCAAGAUGGAGGAUGAGUACGUCCCGCCGCAUGUGUGGCAGGAACGGCCUCUUAGUGUUAUGCCUCCGACCCGUCACUUUUCCCAGACCUCUAUUCCACUGUCUAGCCCUCAUGGCCAGUAUUUCGGCCAAGGCAGCUCUGCAAGCUGCGGUCCGGAUUAUGUCCAAGCACAACCCUGGGCCGUCUCUACGCGUUCCGAGAACAAUACACCAACACCGUUCUUCGGAGCGGUACAAGAACCCUUCGGUCAACAGUCCCAAUACAAUGCGGGCUCGGCAAAUUUCUCCAGCUAUCACCAACAGGACCCUGCUUCGGCAAUAUCCAUGUCACCCCAGUCAAGUCAGGGCGGGUGGGCAUCGACCACCUCGUCCGAAGCAGCUGAAGCCGGACAUCUUCUGAGGCAUUCCCGGUUCCGGCCCGCAUCACCCUCGCUGGUGCAGAGAUCCGAUGGGAUCAGGAAGAAGAAUGCAAAGUUCGAGAUCCCCAAGGACAGGAAUCUGGCCAAUAUCGAUGCCCUUAUUAUGCAAUGCGCGAAUGAGGAGGAAAAGAAGGAACUCAAACAGCAGAAGCGGCUGUUGCGAAACCGUCAGGCUGCACUCGACUCCCGCCAGCGCAAGAAAACUCACACCGAAAGGCUGGAGCAAGAGAAGAGGCUUUUUGCAGGUCAGAAGGCUGAAUUGGAGGAAACAAUUGCCCAGCUUGAAGAAACAUUUCAACAAGAAAGAGAGCAAUGGCUUCAACAACGGCAACAAUGUGACCAGCUUAUUCAUCAGCUGCAGUACGACCGAGACGAGGCCAUCCGCACCAAAACCCUCGAGACAGCUGAACUGCGACGCAUGAACAAUGUCUUGAAAGAGACCAUCAGGGAUCUGGAGCGACAGAAUACGCAUCCCUACUCAGCCGGUGGUCCAGACACAUUCUCCAACGACUUCGCCAAUUUCAAGACCCUUGACCUUGAGGACAACUGGGAUGAUGGAUUCAGCCUCAUCAACAGCGAUGACCUGAAGAUGGAGGAGCCAGCCCACUUGCAGAGACAAGCAACGCCGCGGCCUCCUACUUCGUCGAUCCAGGUGUCUGCAGCUUCCACAGCUGCCAAAUCCCACGAUAUUCAGGUCGAUGCCGGCUUCAGCUGGAACACUUUCUAUAUGUGCUUGCUGGCUGGCGCUUUUAUCGUCUCCCAAGCUGGCUCGGAGGGACCUGUCACCGCGCCGCCUGCCGCCGUUGUGACAUCUCACAUGCCUGCUUUGUCCGAUGACUACCGUGCCGAGGCCGGUAACGUCCUUAACGCUGUACUUUCGUCAGGGCCUGAGUCAGCACAUGAAGUCCUGCCUUCUCGCCCUGCACCUUCUUCAGGACUGAACAGUUAUCCUUCAACUGCAGCCGGAUCCGAUCUCUCGCCCAUGACCACCCCAGUCUCUGGCAAUCCCCUUGGAACCCUUCAUGCAGACCUCACCACCCCAUCACGGCAACAGCAGAUGGCUGCCGUCUUCUCCCUUUCCGCAGCUUCCUACAACCAUGUUGCGAACGCCGACGGCGCCUUUGACAGCGACGAAGACCAAGUUCAUGAAGUAAAGCCUACUCGCCUGCAGCAGUUGUACGCUCAAAUGCAGGCUGAAAAGGAUGGCAUUGAGAAACUUGGCGGGAUGGGAAGCAAAGCGUGGGAGAGGAGUGUCUUGCUUGAUCGAGUACCAGAGAAGGUGCUUCGAGAUUUCCGAGAGAUGAUUGCUCGAGUGGAGUAG